GUCAUGGUUUGAAAUAUUUUGAAAGACAGAUUUGCAGAUCAGUAAAAAAGUGAUUGCAAAACAUAAAACUUUAGACGAAAAUACCAAAGAAAUACGAAAAAUUGUAAAAAAGGAGCGUCAAAUUUUCUUAAAGUGCAUAAUGUCCUAUCCACAUGAAGAAAAGGAUCAACUACUUUUGGCAACCGGAGGAUACGACCAUACAAUUAAAAUCUGGUUAGCAGACACCGGGAAAUGUGUGCGAACAAUUUCUCACUCGGAUUCACAAAUCAACGCAUUGGAUAUAACAUCCGAUAAGAAGAUACUCGCUUCAUGCGGCUACCAACAUAUUCGACUGUACGAUUUGACAACAAAUAUGCCGCUAGUGAAUUUCGAACGAGUGUCAAAAAAUGUGAAUCGAGUAGGAUUUCAAGAAGACGGCAAGUGGAUGUAUACGGGCGGUGAAGAUUGUCGGGUUCGUUUAUGGGAAAUGAAUUCACAAAAUUGUAAACGAGUAUUCGAUUGCCAAACGCCAGUGAAUGCCGUUGUACUUCAUCCCAACGAAGUGGAAAUGGCUAUCGGUUCGCAGAACGGUUGCAUUUAUUUGUGGGACAUCAAUUCAGACUUGCACGAGCAAUUGUUUCCAGAAAACGAUGCUUCCAUUCAAGAUAUUGCUAUCAGUCCGGACGGAAUGUACUUGGCGUCGGUCAACAAUAAGGGAAAUUGUUACAUUUGGAGCCUAUCGUCGACGAAAGAUGGACGACUGAGUAAUUUGCAACCGAAAUUGAAAAUCGAAGCGCACAAACGAUAUGCGCUACGAUGUAAAUUUAGUCCGGACUCUCAAUAUUUGGUGACAACAGCUGGAGACUCUACAGCCAAAGUGUGGAGGACAUCUGACUUCAAGUUGGUAUGUGAAUUAAAGGAUGCUGAAAAUGCGAGAUAUUGGAUUUGGGAUACCGCGUUCAGUGCAGAUUCAAAGUAUCUGUUCACAGCAUCAUCAGUCGGGAAAGCCACACUAUGGAAAAUAGCCGAAAAGAAGGUGGAACGGGAAUAUUAUGGUCAUCAAAAAGCAGUGACUGCUUUAGCUUUUCGUGAAUAAAUUGCAGCAAUUGAUUUGUUUUAAA